UGUGAACCAUUGAAUGAUACAACAGCUCUGUUAUAUAAUUUAAAUUCAAACGGAAAAUUGACCUCAGCAACAUUUGCAUGUGCAACUGGAUAUGAUAUGACUGGAGCAGAAAGCAUCACAUGUUCUCAUGACGGAUCCUGGAGCAUGUCACAGCCAACCUGUUUUAAAACAUCGGUUGAAGCCGGUCAGCAGGGUAGCAAUGAUGGUACAAGCUCUGGUGUUGCUAUAGCCUUUGGUGUCUUGUUUGGUAUUGCCACAAUAGUGGCUAUAAUUCUUGCUGUUAUUGCAUGGAGAUUGUGGAAGAAAUACAAGUCAGUUGGUGGAGCAAAAGCUAGCACAUAUAUACAAGAUGUGAAACCAAGUUCAUUAUUUGACGAGAUUGACCGAGACAAAAUUACUCCAUCAAGAGCACCUUUAGGCCAUCAGCGCCAUGUGACAGAUAUGGGACGUGCUGACUCCUCAUUGGCACCACUUGCCCAUUUAAAACAUGUGACUGAUACAGUGGGUAAGAUGAGCUCUAAUUCCCCAGCCCCGCUUACCACCAGAAAUAUUGAACUUCAAAAACCACCUAUGAUGAUUGGUCAUCGGUCUCCUACCAUGUACCCAGCAAUGUCUGCCACUCCUUCAUCAUUACGAUCAAUCAGUCUAGGAUCAUUUCUACCAGAACAGAUCGGUUCUCCAAGAGACACAUCAUCGCCAGCAUCAAAUGUUCUAGAUAUACCAAAAAUCCAGAUUGAAGACUCAAAACCAAAGAGAGUAGCGAAGAAAGCACGGAAUCAAGAUACAGAACUGAAAUCUGGAAAAUUGUCACCAUUCAUGCCAAUUAAGGAGACACCUGUAUAUCGUGAAGGUAGUCCAUUACCUCAGCAGAUUCUUACACCAAGAAAUGCCGAUGAUAUUGCCAGAGAGCUUAAACAGACAAAAAAUAGUGCAGAUGAUAAACCGAGAAGAAAGCGUGAAAAGAAACCAAAAGGUGACCUCAUUGAUAAAGAUAAAAACUUGUUGAAAAUAUAUAGCAGGAAGGAUACAAGUUCUCCGACACCAGGAAUACCUUCCCCGCAGUAUCAGAAGCUAGCAGGUUAUGAACAAGAUAAUGAAAUCUCUGAUAUUGAAGUUUGAUGGGUUAACUAAUUUUGCCAUAAUAUUAUAAGUGUACAUCAACAUAAACUAUUCUUAUUGUCUUUCAUACUCCUUGCCAGGGGUUUGACAGAAAAGGAAGAUAGAUAAAUAAUAUAAUUUGUAUGUUUCAAUUUUUAUGAUUUAAAACAGAAUUUUUACUACUUUUUAUGCCAACCGCCAUAAAAUGGUUAGCAUUACCCUGUCCCGUCAUUCCGUUAUCAUUAGUUUCCGUUCAUUGGAACUAAAUAUUUACAACAUUUGAAAUUUGUGGUGUUACGACACAUUUCUAGUUCAACAUAACACAUUCAGUCAGUGAAUCAUUCUUGUAAUAAUAUUGCUUGUACAUGUAAUUGUGUUAAAAAUUUUCAAUCAUUUUUUACAUUAAAGUCUUAUGUAAAUUAUA